CCCACUACUGGAAAAUGAACAAGGAUUUGUUUGGAAAAUUCUUCCCACUUUUGUUACUUGAGCGUGGCGGCUACUGGACCUGGAGAGCGUUCGAAGUGUUGGUCGGAAUCUUUGGGUCUUGGAACCAGGUGACACGCAAAGUUUUUUCGAUCGGAUUAAAUUUGAAGGAAAGGAAACGGCCAAGUAGACUUUGCAAAUUUCGGAUUGGAAAGAUGUACAAUGCCUUCAAAAUCUACGUUUGAGCCUUGAACAGCGCAAAGCAUUCCAAGUCUUCCACUCUGAAGUUCCGGAAGCGCUCCAACCGGAGGCAUCUGCAUAAUGGGCGGGGCUAUAGACCAUAACACAACGCGUGUAUGGAGCUAUGUACGCGCACGGCCGGCCGGUACGCCCCAUGAACAACCUGCUGUUAGCAACACGUACGUAUACAACACACCGCCAAGUAGAGGAGAAACCGCCAAAGAGAGCAAACAUGAAAAUGACAUGGCCGAAAAUCUUUGGUUCUUCAUCGGAGAGUAACUCGUUGCCACUUUACGAUGCGUGCACGGUCGCAAGAUUGCAGCGAUUCUUUGGAUUAUAUCCUGCACCAUCGCCGGUUGUCUCGAAGAACGGCCGCAGUUCGCUGACCAACGGAACAAGCAACGGCCCCAGCGCGUCGGCGAGUCAGGAUAAGCCCGCGGAGAACGGGACCGUGGGGCCGGCGGGGUCCGAGCACGGCAGCUCGUUGAAGAACGGGUCCCGGGUUAAACCCAAGUACUAUGUUGCCCAUAAUAAGUGGUGGUUUUAUCUGUUCUCCAUGGGUGCCACGCUCGGAGAUGACGUGUUUUACUUCAUGAUCUUCCCCAUGGCGGCUGCUAACCUGUCCUGGUGGGCCACCCGCCGUAUGGUCAUCAUUUGGGGGAUCUGCAUGUACAUCGGGCAGGCCAGCAAAGAAUUGCUGAAAUGGCCGCGGCCGAGCGAGCCGCCAGUCGUGCGCUUGGAGAGGCGGUACUUCAUGGAAUACGGCAUGCCGUCUACACACGCCAUGGUCGGUACCUUGAUGCCCUUCACAUAUUUGGCAGCUACUUGGAAUCAUUAUGAGUACUCUCAUACCCUUGGUGCAUUGUUGGCCUGCAGUUGGACUCUCCUUGUUUGCUUCAGUCGACUGUACAAGGGAAUGCACUUUGUCCUGGACCUAGUGGUGGGUGUUACCUUGACUGCUAUCCUCAUGCUGUUCAUCUGGCCCUGGUUGGAUGUUAUCGACCACUUUAUACUGACCCAUCCCCAGGCCCCGCUGGUCAUCAUCUCCAGUGCGGUCUUCCUCUGCAUCUGCUACCCUAGCCAAAACGGGGUGGCGGCCACGCGGGCCGACACCAUCACCAUCCUGGGCUCGGUCUCCGGCAUCCUGUGCGGCUUCUGGUUCCUCCACCGGUCGGGGAUGGUCCCCGACGUGGCCGAGCCGCUGGGCGGGGCCAUCGCCUGGCCCGGCUGGGGUGCGGCCGGCAUCAUGCUCCUGAAGUACGCCUUCAGUCAGGUGUUGGCCGUCGUGGUGUACCUGUUCACACGGGCUGUCCUCCUGCAGGCCAUCGCUGUCAUAUUCAACACCGAAAUCAACGAGAACACCAAGAAGCUGUUGUUUGUGGAGCUGCCGUAUCGUUACAUCACGUUCUUGGUCCUACUGUUCAAUUUGUAUGUCGUUUCCCCACUGGUGUUUGCCAAGCUAGGUGUUUAGUACAUUUCCACUGAUUCCUGUUUUUGCCAAUGAUUCUGGAAAUUACGAAGUAAACUAUCGGGCUUAUUAAUUUUGUCAUGCAAAUACUGAUCAAUGGAGCCGACCAAAUUGAUGAAUUCUCAGGUUUACCGAACAAAAAGCCUGCAGGUUCACGCCGUUUUUGUUCUGUAACACAACUUGGGUGCAACACAAACAAUGCGAACACCACCCAAUUUGCUCUAUGGGUGAACAGAUACAUUCAAGUGAAAAUAAACGGACUGUGAGUUUAUGACAUGUGGGACCACAACUUUUUGUCGUCUUUGGGAGAGCCUUUAAUGCCAUCCUUAUCACUCAGGGGCUCUGAGGGCCAUCAAUUCAAAGGCAUUCAGUCAGUAUAGGGUUUGUGUGGCUUCUUCAUUCGUGACGCAGCUGUGAACGUUGUGCCAUACUUGGAGAGAAACUGAAUUGAUUGUGGCAUUUGGAAAGAGUGACCUUUUGACAUUAUGCUUUGAAAUGUCUCCACCGAUUAAAAUUGUCUUUUUUCCUCUAUAAGCCUUUCCGUUACUCCUUGAAUCUUUUGGAGUAAUUGAAUACAGAUUUUAUUUACAGUAUGAUAUAGAGAGAAACAAUAUUUUGAAUGCCAAUGCAAGAUUAAUAUUUUAUAUUUACACAUUGACAUGUAAUCGUCUGUGUGGACACAGCAUUUUAAACUAUCGAGAAAGAAGUCCGGUGCCUUGAAUACAGUAUGCCUUGCCUUCCGUACACAUACACAUUAGCAUUUCUUUGUAUAAUGUCAGUACUUUCCGAUACAGAAAUCACUUUUCCAGUUAGUGAUUUGGCCCCUGCCAAUUAAAACCGGGGCUCUGUUUUGGCUCACUCUGUGUGUAUAUGUAGUUACCAAUUAGGACCGGCAACACCCUUUGAACGUGUAAUUUGGGAAGGUAGGUGUUAUGGUCUCGUUGCACGAAGUGUGAAUGUACAUGUAUAUUUUUUGUCCAGCUUAUUGGAGGCCUGCUUUACACAAAGAAAUAAAAAGAACCUCGAUUAUGCUACAUUCUGAACGCACAUGUACACGUAGGGCUGUUGGAUUUACAGAAUUCUCUUCUAAAAAUAGUAAUUACUUAGGGUGAGUUGUUAUUUUCUGGUAAUAUCUUGCUGGAAAUUGGAAUUCAUUUCUGUAGUACUUACACAGCUAGUCUUUAACUUUUGCAUUUAAUUUCAAGGGGAUCUGUUCAUGCAUUUAAACGUGUAGUUGAAAGACUAAAUCAUUUUAGUCAAAUGAUACUUCUCGGCAUUCAUGUUCAGUAGAUUCCCGUCAAACGUGUUAAUUACAUGUACACGUAUGUAUUGAGUGUAUCCUCCGGUAUGAGCACAGGUUGUCUAGCUAAGAACUUUCCCUAGGUAAUGUUUAUAGUUACUUGAUAUAGUUACUGAUAGUUAUUGUCGACCAGAAACUGCUUUCCUUUAAUUGUGUAUGGUUUUGUAGUGUAUUUCUUUCUGGCCAAUCGAUUACCCUUUAUGAAACGAACUUGGCCAGUCCAUUGUUCUCGGUAAAGGGGAAUAACGCCUUCACCGGUCGUGGUUUCAAAGUAUUCGGUUUACCGAACUAAUGGAAAGGGAACUUGUCAAGUCCAGCAUGAUAUGUCCCUCUGCUCACGUACGCUGUUCAUUGUCUAACGACGUGGGUUAGAGUUUAAUCAUAAAAGCAUACUACGCAUUCCGGUUUCUAUAACUUAAUGGCACUUAUGAAAACUGGUUACAUCCAGUUGGUCAGCAUUUCAGGGGGAGGGUCGGUUAUGGAGUUGGAAGAAUGCGUUUUCGCAGUACAGGCAUAAACCACACGUUGGAUCUGUUGACGUUUUGUAUGAUUCAGUAACGCUAUUUUGAUUUUGCCGAGAAUUAAGGGCAUAAAACAAAAACUUGUAGAUCUGCAUUCAUCUACUGUUUUUAUAACAUUUGCACUGAAGUUUAUUGGUUGCUUGCCGUUUGCCAUUUUUUUGUAUUAACCGAUAUGAUAAAAAUGAGUGAAAACAUCACCAGCAGUGUAAUUACAGCCACCUAGAGGAAACGCUUUUUGCACGCUGAAAGUAUUUCUUUCCCUCCAGCCACAUUUAAAAGCAGCUGCAGUCCUGAACACAGUCCUCAAUAUGGCGGGCUUAGAGGAAUAGUGCCGGAUAUAUAGAGGGUUUGCAUGGCUGCCAUCUUGCAGGCCAGUGCUCUUCCCCACAGAGUGUGCACAAAGGACGAGUAUGCACAAAUCGAUCAAUUCUGUUCUGAGUAUUUCGGUCGGAAAACUGCUUCAGAAAACGGAUGGCGAGAGCUUUCACUUGUACGUGCAGAUAUUGUGCUCCGUGGUUUGAAAUUCCGAGUAAGAGGAAGUCGUGUCAUGGAAUCCUUUGGUAGCGAAUUCACAUUGAAUUGAAAUUCACGUUGAAACUGGCAUUGCUUGUUUCUCUGUGUGGUCACAAUCUUUGAACCAGCGAACCGAUCCAAGUUGGGAUUCUUAAUUAGGAACAGUUAAUCGUGGCUUGUUACUGAGGAAAUUAAUUGCAGGCGUGUUUGAGCUUUUAUCGCUGCACCGACGUAAUUCUUAACAUGUUGCCUGUCGUGAGUUAGUCUCUCCGGCAUGCUACUUACAUGAGUACCAGACCACUGCCAGGGAUAAUGACUCGGUUACUGUAUAUACAUAGAUAAGGUUAUGCCAUUUGGUUUGGGCCAUCAUUCAACAAAAUGUGUUCACUCUGCAUUUUGCCUUAUGGCCGGUUCAAACUUAAUGCGAUGAUGCGAAAGCGAAGCGAAUUUGACGUCUUUUACAACUUUUUACGAAUUCUCAACGCAAAUAUUUGAUCCGACGUCACAAGUUCGCGUUUCGCUUUUCGCGCGAAAUGUGAACCAGCCUGUAUCUCGCUUCUCAGUACAAAGAUAGACUCAGUUGCGUGUCAUCCCUCAGGAUUGGUGUGAUACAUGUACAAGUUGUAAGUGUUUGUCUUCAGUACCGAAACCACCUUGAAAUUGGUGCAUUAUAUAGAAACAAUGAUGGCAUAUUUAUAAAAUUUUUGUACAUACAUUUUGUUGUAGAAUUGGCUACGUACACUCCGUUCAGCAAUUUGAUUACGUUUGCCAAUAAUAAUUGUGCUGUCAAUUCCACAGAUGUAAUAGUUUUAAAAAGAGGAAAUCUGUUUUAUUUUUUCAGUGCGGCACGAUUUAAUUUUGCGCGAGGCUUCCGUACAGGCAAGACGUGGCUUGUAGCUAAGCUGGUUUUGCGUAUGACCCAAUAUUCCAUCGACAGAAUGCAACGAAUUGAAGAUUAUGUGUAGCCUGCACUGACCUUUUGUAUGGUGCACUUUGUACGAUGUACAUGUACUGUGCACAUGUGCAUGUACACUUGUACAUGUACAUGUUAUAAUUAUGUACAAGCACUGUACGUGUAUUCAGUGACACUCACACGAUUAAUGACGUUCUGUGGACGUUGCAGUUGAAUAUUGGCGAAGUACAUGUACAAUCCAGAUGAUGUAUACGUGUGCGUAUCCGUGUCAUUGUGCAUUUUUCUGUAUGAAAAGUUUCUCUGCCAUCUUGUGAUUCACGUUUUUUUUUGUGUAACACAUGGACGAUGACACCAAUUAUGAGUGCCCGUGAUUUAUACAUGUAUAUAUUUGAAAUGACAUAUUUCAAUCUACUUCUUCAAAAAGGUUUGUGAUAUUGAAACGGCCUGCUUUGUGUUAGUUAAACCUUCAUUUUUUUUCUCGAGAACUCGAGUGCUGAAUAUAUGUCAGUAAAGGACGGUUUCGAGAAAC